UUCCACUUCCCAGCUCCUCCAGGCUGAGAGGCAACUCCCGAAAUAGCGCUGCUUGCUGGGAAGACGGCAUGCAGGGGGGGAAAAUGGCUGAAUUGGUCUCACCGAUUACUCGACAGGUUUCUACGGAAAAGUGGAAAGCUGAAACCCUAACUGUUGAUAUCAACCUUAAAGAUGUCGAGGACUGUCUGAUUUACGACCGCCGUGGAGUCCCUUUCCCUUUCAAGAGUUUAUAUCAACACAGCAAAUCGGUCAUCAUUUUCGUCCGGAAUUUCUUGUGCUACAGCUGCAAGGAGUAUGUUGAUGAUUUAAGCAAAGUGCCAAGAGGAGCUCUGGAGGAGGCUGGAAUAAGACUGGUUGUUAUAGGUCAGUCUACUCAUCAACAUAUAGAGCCUUUCUGCUUGCUGACGGGCUAUUCUCAUGAAAUAUAUGUGGAUCCAAAAAGGUCCAUUUACCUAAAGCUUGGGAUGAAAAGAGAGGAGACAUUCACAGACUCUGCACUGCCCAGUCCUCAUGUGAAGUCUGGUUUAUUUAUGGGCCAAAUAAAGAGCAUCUGGAGGGCUAUGACCAGCCCUGCCUUUGAUUUUCAAGGUAAUUUGCAUCAGCAAGGUGGAGCCAUCAUUGCAGGACCAGACUCUCAAGUUCAUUUUUGUCAUUUUGAUAUGAACCGACUGGAUCACAUGCCCAUCACCUGGCUCCUCCAACUAGCUGGAGUUCAACAGAGCCUGGACUUCAGUCCUAAACCAAAAAUUAUCCAUGUGUAGCAUUAAUUAAUUUGGGAUUGGUCAUUCCCUUUAAGCUGAUGGAAGUCAGUUGCAAACUUCAUUUAUUCCUGUUUAGGAUGUAAAUUUAGGUUCCUGUGCGGUUUUUUUUAUUUUUAUUUUUUUUAUCUAAAACCUUAGAACCAGUGUUACUUUCCUGUCUGUCAAAGGUCAGUAGUUAAUAUUGUAAUCUAGUGUCACUCAUCAGGAUAUGAAUACAAACUACAGUAGAAGUGGCAUGUUUUAUUUACAUAAAUUGGGAAAGUUUCCAGAACUAUGGAAAUGAGUUCAAUGUUCAAAUUUUAAAACUACAUGUUUAAAAUGUGAAACGACGACCAAACAUUAGGGAAAAUGAGAUGGUGAUAACUAGUUCUGCCGAUCUGCAUAAGUUAUAGACCUGAAGAUGGAACUGAAUAUGCCAAAUAUUUCAUUUUUGUUUUACGUGCCGUAUUUUCUUGAUCCAGCAUGUUCUCUACGUUUGUAUAGAUUACAUGUAUUCACACAUGUCUUACUUGCUGCCAUCAAAAAGUAGAAUUUUUCUUGUUUUAGUUUUGAAAAGAAAUUGUAUACAGUCCUCGACAAAGUGGCUGCUUUGAACAUUGUGUCACAUUUCAAUUUCAUGCAAUUACGUUUGACCAACUUUAAGUUAUGAAUAAUUGUGAUGCAGGAGAUAAAUUAUGUGUUUUUAAAAUUAUUUUUGCUAAUAAAAAACUGUGAAGUA